AUGAAGAAGAAGAAGAAGAAGGGAGUAGAAGACAUUUUAACAGAGAUUUAUUACGAUCCUAAGAGAGGGUAUGGAGGCAUACAGACUUUGUAUCGUCAGGUCAAAAGUCUGGGACAUAAGAUUUCUUUAAACACCAUACGAGAAUGGUUAAAAGAGCAAGAUACCUAUACCUUACAUAAACCCAUUCACCGAAAAUUCCGGAGACAACAGACCAGAGUGACGGAUAUAGACGAACAAUGGCAAUUAGAUUUAGCGGAUGUGUCCAGUUUAAAGAAACAUAAUGACGGUUAUACCUUUUUAUUGUGUGCCAUUGACGUCUUAUCUAAAUAUGCAUGGGUGGUGCCUUUAAAACAGAAAACGGGGAAAGAAAUGAUUCGAGGAUUACAAGAGAUUUUCCGACAAGACGGUCGACGUCCCGUCCGCAUUCAAUCGGAUCAAGGCAAAGAAUUUACCAAUCGAGAAUUCUUACAGGCGUUUAAAUCCAUUCAUUUCUUUACCACUCGCAAUACGGACACCAAAGCCAGUAUCUAUCCAAAGAACCCCAGCUCAAGUGAAGCCCUCGAAUGUGUUAAAAGUCUGGAAAACUUUAUAUGGGGAAGAAUCAUCACCUAA